AUGCGGGGAAGCAAGAGCACGUUCGGAGGAGCGCUGAGCGGCCGCGACGAACCUCACCUUUCCCCGCGGCGAGGCUGGGGCUGCUAUCGGCCGGCACCUCGUGCGAGAUGGGUGCGGGAGCGGGGAAGCAGCGCGCUCCCCUUUGGCCGCCGCUCCCCCUCGCCGCAUCCCGCCCCGCACGGAGCCAGGGGACCUCGCGAUCUCAGAACCCUCCCGCCCCGGCCGAGGCGCCCCGAGUCCCGAGGAAGAGCUUCCGCCGCCCCCUCUGUAUUCGUGCAGUGCCAGAAAGUGAAUGAAGCUGCUUGUGACAUUGCCAGAGAAGUUGCCAGUGAAGGUGAUGCUGUAGUAGCUGGAGGAGUUAGUCAGACACCAUCAUACUUAAGCUGCAAGGACAAAGCAGAGGUUAAAGCAGUCUUUCGAAAGCAGCUAGAUAUCUUCAUGAAGAAGAAUGUGGACUUCCUCAUUGCAGAGUAUUUUGAACAUGUUGAAGAAGCUGUCUGGGCAGUUGAAGUCCUAAAAGAAUCUGGCAAGCCAGUUGCAGCUACAAUGUGCAUAGGUCCAGAAGGAGACAUGCAUGGUGUGCCUCCUGGACAAUGCGCUGUCCAACUGGUGAAGGCUGGUGCUUCUAUUGUUGGAGUUAACUGCCAUUUUGACCCAGAUACUGCACUGGAAACUGUGAAACUGAUGAAAGAGGGCUUGCAAGCUGCUAAGCUGAAAGCCCACCUGAUGUCUCAACCACUUGCUUUUCAUACACCUGACUGUGGGAAGCAGGGAUUUAUUGAUCUUCCUGAAUUUCCCUUUGGUUUGGAACCAAGAAUCAUCACUAGAUGGGAUGUUCAAAAGUAUGCAAGAAAGGCUUAUGACUUAGGAAUCCGCUAUAUUGGAGGCUGCUGUGGAUUUGAGCCAUAUCACAUCCGAGCAAUAGCUGAAGAGCUGGCUCCUGAAAGAGGAUUUUUGCCAGAAGCUUCUGAGAAACAUGGUAGCUGGGGCAAUAGCCUGAGCAUGCAUACUAAGCCUUGGGUCAGAGCAAGAGCAAGAAAAGAAUACUGGGAGAACCUGAAGCCUGCUUCAGGCAGGCCAUAUUGUCCUUCAAUGUCAAAGCCAGAUGGCUGGGGAGUGACUAAAGGAGCCAGGGAGCUGAUGCAGCAGAAAGAAGCAACAACUGAACAGCAGCUGAAGGAGCUUUUCCAGAAACAGAAAUUCUAAUCUGCUGUAAUUGUCUGAAUGUUAGGAUGUUAGAACAUCUCAUCCUUUGAGAGAAAACUUGUGAAGAUUAAUGCCCUGUUAAUUUGUUCAAUUAACUUGUAAUGAAAGAACCAAAAUGCAACGAGAAUGUGAUUACAAAUGAAAUAUGAGAAGCUUUGAUAAUAAAAUCUUUCUCUGGACAAAUAGUUUGGGAAGAGGUUUGGAUUCUUAUAAUUGAUCUUCUGUUAGUUAGCUAGAUGCCAUUUAUUGGGUAGACAGAGAUCAUGUGGAAGUAGUAUAAGUAAUACUGGGCUCAACUGACCUGUGCAUAGACCAAAAAACAUCUAUAAACACUACAUUAGUACUCUCGAGUCUGUUAAUACUCUUGAGUCUGUUUUAGUUUAGAAAUCUGUGAGAGCAGCUCAGACCUCAGGAUUUGUUGAGGGCCAGCUUCAGGCAUGCACAGUCUGCCAGUGCUUCUGGCUCAGUUAAUUACAGUAAAUUCAUGUACUUCAAAAGCAUAGAAGUAAACUGGAAAUUCCAUCUUAUAAAUGUGACACCAGUCAUAUAUACACAAUUUACUGCUUGGAAGAAUGAGAAGCUUAAGAGGUUUAGUGAUAUAUAGAAAAUACUGAAUAAAUUAAAAAUAUCAUGGGAUUGUAUUGUAUUAUCUUGACACUUUAAAUCAUAUGAGCUCUGAGUAUCGUACCUCAAGUAAACUGCUGCAAUUUUCCAAAUGA